AUGGCGCGCUCCGAGUACUGGCCUCACUAUGGCCUGGAUAUGUACCGCAUCACGGCGCCGUUCGAGAGGGACUUCGAUAUGAUGCGCUCAACGCAGUGGAUGCAGCGCAACUGGUUCCACAGCAUCUCGUCCUCGCUGGCAUACGUCGCCUCCAUCUAUAUCGGACAAAAGCUGAUGGAGUCGCGCAAGCCGUUUUCUUUGGACACACUGUUGAUAGCAUGGAAUUUAGGCCUUGCACUAUUUUCACUGGUAGGUGUAUGUCGAAUGACGCCUGAACUGUUAUGGAGUGUCCGGGAAAACUCCUUUGAGUUCUCCAUAUGCACAGCGUCAUUUGCGCAGGGUGUCACCGGCUUUUGGACAGAAAUGUUCGCAAUGUCCAAGGUCGUGGAAUUCGGUGAUACAGCAUUUAUUGUGCUGCGCAAGCGCCCUCUUCUUUUUCUUCAUUGGUAUCAUCAUGUCACUGUCCUCAUUUAUACUUGGCAUGCUUACAAAGAUCAUACGGCUUCGGGACGGUGGUUUAUAUGGAUGAAUUAUACGGUGCAUGCAUUCAUGUAUACUUAUUAUGCCCUGCGCGCCAUGCGUAUACGUUUACCAAAGGUAGCAGCAAUGAUGGUUACAAUUCUUCAGAUCAUGCAGAUGGUCGGAGGAGUCUUUAUCGGACUGAACAUUUUACGGAUUAAACUUUCGGGACGCGAGUGUCAGCAGACAUGGAACAAUCUUUAUUUCUCAUUUGCCAUAUAUUUCUCCUACUUUCUUCUUUUCUGCAACUUCUUCUAUUGCACAUAUUUGAAAAAGUUGUAUUUCGUAUCUUUCUGUGCGCUUAUGAUGAUUCAUUAG